AAAUAUGCAAACCGACACAACGGACGCAGUGCAGCAGUUCCACGACGACCAUGAGCGACCAGAUUGGCAACCCGAAUGCAACAUUCAGUGGCAGUGGCAGUGGCACCAACGCCGCCGCCAUCGCCGAAAGUGCGGCGGAGAGCGGUCCGGACUUCGAUGCACUUCGGGCCGCCUGCGAAACGCGGCUAAAUGCCAGCGGUCAACUGCCGGGCUCCGGAGGACCAGGCGCAGUAGCAGGAACCCACUGUGCCGGCACCUUUGAUGGCUGGCUUUGUUGGCCGGAUACGGCUGUCGGCACUUCCGCCUACGAACUUUGCCCGGACUUCAUCACGGGAUUCGAUCCAGCAAGAUAUGCCCACAAGGAGUGCGGUCUCGAUGGCGAGUGGUUCAAGCAUCCGCUGACCAAUAAAACAUGGUCCAACUACACAACCUGUGUAAAUUUCGAAGACCUCAACUGGAAGCACACCGUGAAUCUGAUCUACGAGGUUGGCUACGGCACAUCACUGCUGGCCAUUCUGCUGUCGUUGGCCAUAUUGGGUUAUUUCAAAUCCCUGAAGUGCGCCCGCAUCACGCUGCACAUGAAUCUGUUCGCCUCGUUCGCUGCCAAUAACUCGUUGUGGCUGGUCUGGUACCUGCUGGUCAUGCCGAAUUCGGAGCUACUGCAUCAGAGUCCGAUGCGCUGCGUGGCCCUGCACAUCGCGCUACACUACUUCCUCCUGUCCAAUUACUCCUGGAUGCUCUGCGAGGGAUUCUAUCUGCACACCGUCCUCGUCGCCGCAUUCAUUUCCGAGAAGAGGCUGGUCAAAUGGCUCAUCGCUUUCGGCUGGGGCUCCCCGGCCAUCGUCAUAUUCGUCUAUAGCAUGGCUCGCGGCUUGGGCGGCACGCCCGAGGACAAUCGUCACUGCUGGAUGAACCUAGCCAACUACCAAAACAUUCUAAUGGUGCCUGUGUGUAUCUCCAUGUUCCUGAACCUCCUGUUCCUGUGCAACAUUGUGCGCGUGGUCCUUUUGAAGCUAAAUGCCCCGGCCAGUAUUCAGGGCAGCUGUGGUCCAUCGCGAACGGUUUUGCAGGCAUUUCGGGCCACGCUGCUUUUGGUGCCUCUGCUCGGCCUCCAGUACAUCCUUACGCCCUUUCGUCCUGCACCCAAACAUCCCUGGGAGAAUACAUACGAAAUCAUCUCGGCGUUUACGGCCUCAUUCCAAGGUCUGUGCGUGGCCAUUUUGUUCUGCUUUUGCAACGGCGAGGUGAUUGCCCAAAUGAAGCGCAAGUGGCGGAUGAUGUGCUUCAGCAACCGACCGCGGACCAAUUCCUAUACAGCCACUCAGGUCUCGUUCGUGCGCUGCGGACCGCCACUGCCAGGAGAGGAGAAGGUAUGACUAAAGGACAUGUCGGCCAAGCGACGCGCCUCCGCAGGACCCCAACACCAUCAACCCCACCACCAAAGCCACCAGUUGUCCACGGAGCAGCAGAGAGCUCGCAGUCAGAGCCUGGCGAGUUCGUCGUCCUUCCUGGAUGGGUGGCGCGACCGGAUGCCGUUCCUGAAACGCCGCCAAACCAUCGACCACUCCCGCCAGAGCCAGCCACUCAUGGAGGAGGGCGGCGAGACUGCUGGCCAGGCCAAAUCCGCGCCAGGUGCCGUCGACAGGCCGACAUUGAUGACGACCAUUGCGGAAGAUGUUGCCGAGACAGGAACGGCAGCAGCAUCGCACGCAGCUGCAACAUCCGACGCAGCAGCAGCAGCAGCAGGAGGUGCAACUGGAGCGGAGGAGGGCCAUCCCAAUGGCAUGGGCACUGUCAUCGUUCGCAUGGAGAGAGCUGGCCAACAGCACAUGGCCGACGAGGCGCUUUAGGUUAAACCCUUCGAGUCACACAACAUCUCAUAGUUUAAGCCACAGUUAUACCAAAACCGAAACAGGUCAAGAACCCAAAAACCAAACCCCACCAAAAGCUACAGCCCAUUGAAUCCAGUUAGCAUCGCCAGGCAUGUUCCUGAAAUACCUAGAGUUUCUAAAAUAAAUAACCGGGUGUCUAAAAGUGGUCAAUGUCAUUAAGCAUUAAUUUUUAGAUUCGCCAUUGUUGUUAAAUGUUCAGAGGCACUGCCGUUAAAAAUUCCCAGCUAAAACCUUAAAAGUAACAUUUUCAUUAGCCAAGUUAGCAUUUUUCUUCAAUUUGCAUUGCAUAUUUUAUACACUAUUUUGAGACACCCGAGAUAUUGCUACGAAACUUUCGGAAUACUUCAAAGCACCCAGAAUAAGUUCCUUAGCCAGCUAGGCUGAUGUAUAUUUUGCAACAAUUUGCGCCAUGCUAAAUGUUAAGUUUUAAUAGUAUAUACAGAGCAGUUUUCCUUGGUUUCCUCAGAAUGCGAAAUGCGAAAUAAAUUUCAGCCUUUUGCCGGCAACGGACCCACUUGAAUGAGAACAUAUUUAUUGUACCUAUGAAUGUAGGAAUUUAUGUGGAUAUUAAAUAUCAUUGUUGUCUUAAGUGUUAAGUGUAUCCUAGGACUAGUGCCCCCAACUCCCUUCUCCCAAAAAAUAAUAUAUAUAUCUCUCUCUCUCUGUGGUAAGCUGAGCUUUCUGGCAAUCGCUUUUAGUGUGUCUAUGAAUGUACGAAAAUGUAAUAAAAUUUUAAUUAUA